GCCCCCUCUUCCUUUCUUUCUUACUCUAUCACCACCAAUACUACCACUGCCCUCAGCACCCAUAGCCGAGAGAUGGCGAGAGGGAGCAAGAUGGCCAAAACGGCGCUCGUCAGCCUCGUGGCCGCCGCGGCCUUGGCGACGUCGGCCGCAGGAAGGUCGCUGCGGUUCGGCGAGCGGGAUACCUUCCAGCACAUCGACCGGAGAGACGUCUCGGGCGAUGGCUCGACGUUCAAUGGCAAGACGUACGACUACAUUGUCAUCGGUGGCGGGCUCGCUGGCCUGACUGUCGCCUCGCGGCUGUCCGAGGACUCCGACGUGACCGUCGCCGUCAUCGAAGCGGGCGCAGACAUCUAUGGCGCCGACCAGCAAAAGUUCCUCACGCCCUCGGCCAAUCUCUACAACACGGCCGUCGGCACACAGUACGACUGGCAGUGGGUCACGGCCAACCAGCCGGGCCUCAACGGGCGCAGCGUGCCAUGGCCCAGAGGCAAGGUCCUCGGCGGCAGCUCCUCGAUCAAUGGCCUGUACAUGGUCCGCGCCUCGCAGAUCGAGCACGACGCCUGGGGCAACCUCAUCGGCGCACCCGAGAUCUGGGCGUGGGACAACAUGUUCAAGGCGAUGAAGAAGUCGGAAAACUUCCAGGCGCCCGGCUCCGACGUGACCGGCGCCGUGUCCAGCCUCAGCUGGAACCAGUCGAGCCACGGCACCAAUGGUCCCAUCUGGACCGGCUUCCCCGCCGUCGAGUACGACUUUGUCGAGUCGUUCCUCCAGUCGGUGCAGAACCAGGGGACACCGAUCUCGAAGGACCCCGAUGGGGGCCAGUCCUGGGGCGCCUUCCUGGCCACGUCGGCCAUCAACCAAAAGUCGUGGGUCCGCUCAAACGCCCGCAACGGCUACUUGGACGGCACCGACCAGCGCGGCAACAUUCACGUCCUCACGGGCAACCAGGCCACCAAGAUUCUCACCGAUGCCUCGGACCCCAACAAUGUCAAGGCCACAGGCGUCCAGUACGCCUCGGGCUCGGGUGCCCAGGUGUACACUGUCAAUGCCGCUCGUGAGGUCAUUGUCUCUGGCGGCUCCAUCAACACGCCUGCGCUGCUCCAGCUCAGCGGCAUCGGUGAUGCGAACCAGCUCAACAGCCUCAAUAUUAAGCCUGUCGUCAAUCUGCCGGGCGUGGGCCACAACGUGCAGGAUCACCUGAGUAGCGCCGUCGUCUUUGGCUUCCAAGGCUCGGCCAAGCAGCCUCCUGGGUCCGUCACGGGCAAUGCGGAGACGGACUCGUUUGUCAACUCGGCCAUUGCCUAUGUCAACUUCACUACCCUCUUUGGCGACUAUGCGCAGCAGCUCAUCGGCGAUCUGCGCGGCAACCUGACCAAUGUCAUUGCAAGCGCCAAGGUGUCCGACGACGUCAAAAAGGCCUACAACCUCACCUACACUGCGCAGGUCAAUGAUGUCUUCAACUCGCCCGUCGGCCCGAUUGAGCUCCUCCUGGCCGCCAUUGGCAACACGGUCCAGGUCCAGGUCGCCCUUCAGCACCCGCUCUCGCGAGGCAGCAUCCUCAUCACCAGCACCGACCCCUUUACAGGUCCCAAGAUCGACCCGGGGUACCUGACCCAGGACAUUGACCUGCAACUCCUUCGCGAGGGCUUCAAGCUGGCGCGCACGGUGGGCAACUCCAUGAACGACGUCCUCAGCGGAGAGCAGGUCCCUGGCAACAGCGUGUCGACCGACGACGACUGGGACCAAUUCAUCAAGAACAACGCCGGGACAGAGUACCACCCGUCGUCUUCCUGCUCGAUGCUGCCCCGAGCCGAUGGCGGUGUCGUUGACAAGAACCUGCUUGUCUAUGGCACCACCAACCUCCGCGUCAUCGACGCCAGCGUGCCCCCCACGGCCGUCAGCGCCCAUCUCAUGACGGCCACGUAUGGCUUGGCAGAGAUUGGCGCAGACAUCAUCAAGGCCGCUCGCGCCAACCAGCAGUAUGCUGGUACGCCCACGCAGCAGCAGAGGGCGGCUGCCUCUGCCUCUGCCUCGGCAUCGGCAUCUGCUUCCAGCAGCUCGUCAGCCGCACAGUAUUCGCAAACCGUCGGCACGGGCAACUCGGGCCGCUCUGGGUCGAGCGCGGCGCCCGCGUCCGUCGUCCUCUCCAUGGCUGCCGUUUCGCUGUCUUUUGUCCUCGCAUCGACUCUUCUCCUUGUCGCCUAAUUUCAAACAUCGGCCUCGCAGCAGCAUCACUACUACUACUAGCAUACAAAGGACAAUCACUACCAAUCAACAGCUCCGGACAAUUUCUUUCUCUGCUCCAUUUUUUUCCUUCCACACGCUCUCUCUGUAUCCCUCUAGUCUCUCAUUCUUCCUGCCGUCGACAAACAAUCGAUGAUGCGUUUGGAAACGUCCAUUUUGGAGAACGUUUGCCCAAGCGGGGAGAGCAUGUUCCCAGCAUCUCACAGACACGUGGGGUCAAUUUGCUCGUC